UCACAUUAAUGGAUCGUGAAAACAGAGCCAGGAAUGUCCCGGGACUCACCGAGAGACCCUACCAUAACAGAGGCGUCUGAUGGGAGUCCCCACAAUAACAAGGUGGCAUGUGCAACGGAAUGAGAGACCCUACAACUACUGAGCAAUGUGUGCAAGGUGUACAGGAGACCUCCGGACAAUCAGGAACAUGUGGAUCUGUUUCCAUGGGCCGGAUUGUGGGGGGCACAGAUGCGCAGGCCGGGCAGUGGCCUUGGCAGGUCAGCCUGAAUUUUCAGAGUGUUCAUGUGUGUGGCGGCUCCCUCAUUUCCCCCCAGUGGGUGAUCACCGCAGCACACUGCUUCCCACCGGAAAACCCCAUCGCCGACUAUGAGGUGACGCUCGGAGCCUUCCAGCUGUCCAACCUCCUGGCUGACAUCGUGGUGGUUGGGGUGGAGCAGGCCAUCAAGAACCCCGACUACACGGAUGAGGGCUCCGGCGGGGACCUUGCGCUGGUGAAAUUGAAAAGGCCCAUCUCCUACACGCGUAGCAUUCGCCCCAUCUGCCUGCCGUCCGCUUCCGUCAGCUUCCCUAGCGGCAUGACCUGCACUGUGACUGGCUGGGGGAAUGUGCUUACUUCUGUCAGCCUGCCCAGUCCCAAAACCCUGCAGCAGCUGGAGGUGCCCCUGAUUGGGCUGGAGACCUGCCGCUGCCUCUACAAGAUCAACGCCAACCCAGCGGAUACCCACGUGAUCCAGGACGACAUGAUGUGUGCGGGCUACGCCGAGGGCAAGAAGGACGCCUGCCAGGGUGACUCCGGGGGACCCCUGUCCUGCCGUGUGGGCAGUGCCUGGCUGUUAGCUGGGGUGGUGAGCUGGGGGGACGCGUGCGGGUCCCCCAACCGGCCUGGCAUCUACACCCGCACCUCGGCCCACACAGCCUGGAUUAAACAGAUCAUCCCGGCGGUGGAGAUGAGCGACGUGCGCGUGAAUCAGGAGCCAGUCUCGGAGGAGGGGCUGUGCCCCAACACCACCAGUCGGCCUGGCCCCUAUGAUGGCAUCCAGCCCCAUCCUGACUGGCCCCGGCCAAUCUCCCCCAACAAGCCACUGGACCACGCUACCUCCCACGUCCUCGCUUCCAGCCUGCUGUUCUUCUGUCUGCUACUUCAUGUACUCCCUGCCCUAUAGCGCCCCUACUCUCAAGGUCAGCUCAGCAUGAGACCCCACCCCCGAUGGCAGUCCAGGGGCAUCCUGCCCCCCUCCCAAACUGAGCAGGAUGGUCCCAAGAUUUCAAAGACUUGGUUUCCCGCCCCAUCCCCUUAUUGUCCUCGUUUGUGUCCUGUGUUGUGCUGCUCUGUCACGACCAGGGCACCGAGCUGGCAGCAGCCCUGUUCAUGGCAACGUCAUUUCUGCCUCCGGUCCUGCAGACACCUUAAGUUUUGGCCAACAGGGUCCUGCAAACCUCUCCCAAGCCUCGCUCUGGGAUCGAGGCUCACGCCAGCCCCUGAGCCUCGCUCUGGCAUCCGGGGUCACGCAACACCUCCAGCCUCGCUCUGACCCCCCCCAGGGCCCCACUCUGGGAGAAUCAGGGCCCUAGCAGUAGGCAGCUCCCCGACCCCUGUUCCCAGGCCUGGUUCUGUCACCGCGACACCGCCUAGGGCAGCCUAACAAGCUCCCAAUCUCCCUCUUCCCACCCUGAUUUUUCCAGGGCGACUCCGGGGGACCCCUCUCCUGCAAAGUGGGUAGUGUCUGGCUGCUAGCCGGAGUGGUGAGCUGGGGGGAUGCAUGUGGGGCCGCCAACC